AUGUCCUUCGCUGGAGUCUCGAUCUUAACCAACGGCGAGCUUUGCCCUUCCACCACAUCGGUCACGGAUGCCGGCGCCGCCAGCGGGUACCACCUCCUCGUGGUCGAAGGCUACUCGCAUACCAAACGCGCACCCAAUGGCAAGGGCAUCAGUUCUCGCCCUUUCAUGGUAGGAGGCCAUCGCUGGUACAUCGUGUACUACCCUUGUGGUGACGUCCCACGCAAUGCCGACUUUAUUUCUCUAUACAUUGUCCUUCAUGAUGACAAUAUUGCAAAGGACGUGAAGGUGCAAUGGGAGUUCAGCUUCGUCGAUCAGGUUGUGUGGCAAAAUCCAGCCUACAUUCGUGAAACCGGAACGUUCAUCUUCUCCAAGAGUCGUCCUGGUUUGGGCCACGGGGGGUUUAUCAGAAGAUGCGCCCUUGAGCAAUCAAAGAACCUCAAGAAUGAUUCUUUCACCAUCCGAUGUGAUAUCAUGGUGAAUGAGGACCUUAGCAGAGUCGCCGAGGUGCCGCUUUCUGGCAUAUUUCAGCAUUAUAACCAUCUCUUUCAGACUAAAGUGGGUGCCGAUGUGACGUUCGAGGUCAGCGGCGAGACAAUCGCCGCACACCGGUGUGUGCUUGCAGCCCGAUCUCCAGUCUUCAUGGCAGAACUCUUUGGCCCCAUGAAGGAGGGUGCUAUGUCUACAGCCAUACAGAUCCAAGACAUGGAGGCAAACGUGUUCAAUGCCAUGCUUGGUUACAUCUAUACGGACUCAUUAGAUCCAAACUUGCAGAUCGACGAGCGAGAGGGUGAGCAGGGGAGGGGUACCCUUCACGUGUUGGAUGCUGUAAUGUGGAUGCAACAUUUGUUUGUAGCGGCAGAUAGAUAUGGUCUUCAACGUCUGAAACUUAUCUGUGAAGAGUAUUUAUCCGAGCACAUGACGGUGAACUCGGUGAUGUCCACUCUUGCUCUCGCUGACCAACACCAAUGCCCUGACUUGAAAGAGGCGUGUGUGCGGUUCCUCCGAGUCCAAACUAUUGCAUGCCUGCAGAAUCUAAUUGCAAAUGACCGCGAGCAUAUAACUAGAGCAUGUCCAUUUUGUUCUAAAGGAGCCCGGUGCCAAGCUUGUUUGAAAAGUGUAAUAGAUCAGAUAAUCGCAACUAUUCGUUAA